ACGCCUCACCCCACCUCCAUCAUCACCAGUCGCAGCAGCAAACAGCACGACGACAAACCAAGAGUUACAGAAAGAUAGAGAACAAAAAAACACGGAUUUGCUCGGGACUGUUUUGCGCGUGCGCCCACCCUGUCCGGUCACAAAGUAGCUGUUAACCUGCAUCUGCGCUUUUUCUUCAAGCCCUCUUCAGCACCACUGUAAAUAAACAGGAUGUCAACGCAUUUCAGGAGUGGUCCAGCCUUCGGACUGUCUGCGGAGGUCAGAGUAAGCUGGCAGGAAAGUAUGACCCCCAGAAGGAGGAGGAGCUGAGGCUUUGGAUUCAGGAGGUGACGGGCAAGAGGAUAGGGGACAAUUUCAUGGAGAGUCUAAAGGACGGAGUCAUCUUGUGCGAACUUGUUAAUGUUCUCCAGCCCGGUUCUGUAAGAAAGAUCAACCACUCCAGUCAAAACUGGCACCAGCUGGAAAACAUAGGGAAUUUUGUCCGUGCCAUUACAGAUUAUGGCCUGAAGCCACAUGACAUCUUUGAAGCUAAUGAUCUGUUUGAGAAUGUCAACCACACUCAAGUCCAGUGCACACUCAUCACUCUGGCUGGAAUGGCCAAGUCCAAAGGUUUCCACUCUAAGUACGACAUAGGAGUGAAGUAUGCAGAGAAACAGAAUCGCCGCUUUGCCCCAGAGAAGCUCAGGGAGGGACGCAAUAUCAUCGGCCUGCAGAUGGGAACCAACAAGUUCGCCAGCCAAAAGGGCAUGACUUCUUAUGGCACACGGCGCCAUCUGUAUGAUGCCAAGAUGGGCAUGGACAACCCAAUGGACCAGUCAACUAUCAGCCUACAGAUGGGUACCAACAAAGGAGCCAGCCAGUCUGGCAUGACAGCCCCAGGAACAAGAAGACACAUCUUUGACAAGAAACUGGAGCUGGAGAACUGUGACACCACCACCAUCUCUCUGCAGAUGGGCACCAACAAAGUAGCCUCCCAGCAGGGCAUGACCACCUACGGCCUGCCUCGCCAGGUCUACGACAACAAGUACUGCACCAACCCUACUGAGAUGUACUACAAUAAUGGGAGCGAGGUAGAGUUUGACGGCUACAACCAGUACUCUGACUAAGAAACCCACACAGACAGCCUAACCCUGCCCUCUCUCCUCCUCUUUGCUUCCAACUUCAGAAAACCAAACACAACUGUCUUUGUGACAAGCAGACUGUUAUUUAACACUGACUGACAUCUUUGUUGUCUCCAUUCCCCAUCGUCUUAUGAAUAUAUUUUUUGCUCUUUGGAAUUUGUUUGAGUUUUCCACGAGUAAAGAAAAAAGUGUUUACACUGAUCAAAAUUUUCAUGGAGUGGCCCACUUCUGUAUUUCAGCAAGAUGUCCUUGCUUUGAAGAAUUGAAUUCCAUCCAAAAGUAUUGAAACAGUCCUCAGAAGUUGAGAUUUAAUGACAUUUGCUAUUUAUAGUUUGCUUUUUUUCUACAGCUUUUUAUACAUGCAUUGUAAUUUGACAUUGUUAACUGUUGCCACUUUCCUCACCUCCCUACCCUGGCAAUCCAGUUUGAACACUGACGAAGCAGAAUAUGAAAGUUCCUUGAAAGGAAAGCUCGACCAUCUUGGUGCUAAUGAACUUUGACCCAGUUUAAACAGAGUCCAUGUUCACAUUGGCACUCUUGCAGGCCUGUAGGAUACCACUCUUCAGAAGGAUCACAGAAGAUCCAGGGUCAUCUCUUUGACCAGAGUGAUUGAUGCAGGGGGGACUUAUAGCUUUUGUGCAAAAAUUUGUUUUUGAGCACCUGCACUGACAGAUUAUUAGUUUUGUUCACAAGGUUGUCAAAUUAGCCCUGAUGCCAUUAUGCAGGACUAGGGCUGGGUAUUAUUAAAAACUCUUCAGUACUGGUGCCUAUCGCUGGACUAAAUUGCACUUUUCCUAUUUUAACUCUCAGCCUAUUUAUUUUUCACACGCUCUCAUAACAUAUCAUUAAUAAAAUAUAUAAAAGACAUAUGUGCAUGCAGCAUGAGACUUAUGAGAUUAUCAGAUGAAACCAGUUUUUCCAUGCUUGAUAUUGCCUAAUUAUUUCACUCGGUGCCAUGAGUAUUGAAGUCCAGCACCAACCCUCAUGCAGGACUAAUUUAGCCAUCUUGUGUGCAGCUUUUGUUGAUUUUUUUUUUUUUUUUUUUUGUGGUUUUUGUGAGAAGUAUGUUGGAGUAGAUAAGAUAUCCCUUUAUUAGUCCUACAAGGGGAAAUUCCAGAGUAGUUGAGAGAUCAGAUGUGAUGUAUACUUUUACAAAGUAAAUGCAGGUGUUGUGAUAUCCAGUUGUACACCAUUUGAAAUUAGGGAUAGGUUUAGUCACCAAUAUUUAGUAAGUCCUGUUGUGUUUGCUUCUAAGUUGCCUUAUUCAUAGGUCCUAUUCCAGUGACCUUUGGCUUAAGUGCUGUGGCUUUUUCACCGUGUGCAGUAAAUGGCAAUAAAUCAGACCCAGGUGCAAUGUGAAUCAUGCCACACACACUGACGAGACGUUUCUGCAUCAUACUGUUAACCCACUGAAUGUCUUGAAUGUAAUGUCAUUGUAGGUUAGAAGUGCCACUGGUGUUAAUAGGAUUAAUUUCCAAUGCAGUAGAAGGCAAAAACAUGUUCCAUUAAAGCCUCAACAUUUACAAUGGCUUUGAAUUAUGAGAUAUGGUAAAGUCAGCCAACACAUUUGAGCUUUCAGUCACUGUCCAAGAGCUGCUGUAGCCAUGGCUGAUGGCUUGUAGCAGUACGCCAUCUAGUGUUAAAAAACUUUUAAAGUUGUGAAGAAGCACAUUUACUGUAUUUUAAGUUCAUACAUGAAUGAACAUUUCUUUUAUCAAAUGAAAUGUAUGUAUCAUUACUACCCUGUGACAUCCAGAAUGGCAACAAUGUUAAAUGACAUUUCACCGUAAUGUGUUUGUUUGAAACGUUGUUUGAACCACAUGGUGACUAACCUCGUUUUUUUUUUCUAUAUGCCUUUCACUAAAUUUGUGCAAUAAAAACACGACAAAAAUUAAA